UGGGGGAUUCGACAAUUUGUUGCUGCAUACAUACAUGGAGGGUCCUACAGUGGCCUUGACCAAAAGCGCUCAAUACACGUCCACAUGUCGGCAUCUCUGUCUCAUCUCUGUCUAUCACGUCACAUCACACGCCACCCACGCAACACAGCACAGCUUUGUCUCGCCUCACUUGGCCGACUCACUCACUCAAAGGACUGUCUGUCUGUCUGUCUGUGUGUCUGGUCAGCGUCUCCACCUAAUCUCUGCGGCAAUGGCGAGGUGGUCUGAGGGGUACAUCACCGACGGCAGCCCAUGGUGCGGACGGAUGUCAUCUUCACUGAUUGGGGGCAGCACACGACACACCUGCCACACACGCAUGUGAGAAUAUCGCCGCUGCAGAGAGACGAUGAGGGAGAGCGUGCUGACCGACCUGGAAGCAUUCGUCGACCAUGACAUAGUCGAGCGUGGCCCUGAAGUUGUUGACCCAGUUGGUGAACUUGGGCGCACACCCCGACGCCUCAUACGCGUCCACCAACCGCACAUCCGCACUCAGCUCGACGCCCCAGCCGUCAGGCGGCACACACCCACGACCAUCCCGACCGUCACUGCCACCAGCACCGCUGUUUUUGACCCAGUGAGGCAGCGGAGGAAUGGAUGACGACACAGCCGAUGACGGGGGAGGGGCUGGGGAUGGGGGUGGUGCAUCGUCAGAUGAGGGGGCGGGGGGGAGGGAGUCUGCUCCUGUUGGGGGGGCCGGGGCGGGGGCGGGGGCGGCAGACGGCUCAGAAGGGUGCCCCUCGGCGUUCUCUUUCUCGAUCUUUUGAGCCUCCUCCACUUGUUCCUCUUCGUCGACGUCGCGGCUCCAGUGGAAUUCGGGACCUUGACACGAACACAACACGCACAGUGAGUGACAAUGGGGCCGGUCGAUGUACUGUACUGUCCGCAUGUGCCUGACGCGGCUUCUCACCGGUUUUCCAGUCGCGGUGAUCCGACUCGACAUAGCCCGUUUUGAGCAGCUGGAUCGCAGCUGCAACACAUACACCAACACACAGCACAGCACAGAGAGGCAGAUAACCCACAUCCCACCUGUGCGAUCCAGCCACCCACCCACCCCAGCGUCUUGUCUUCCUCACCAGUCCAUGGCACUGAGUUGAGGUCUCCGCAGAGUACCACACCCACACGCUGGCCGGCAGGGCUCCCAUCACACUGCUGCUGCUGCUGGGCGGCCUCUUCGCACCUGGCCUUGAGCUGGUGAAUACGGUGCAGCAGGAGGGCCGUCUGGAGCAGCCGGAUGUGCUGCAUUCGGACCACAGACAACACAGAGAAGGAACGGGAAUUCGGUCGGUCGUUGUCUGUCUGGGGGAGGGAGGGGUGGUGGGUUCGACUGGCUGACCUUUGCCUGUGGAUGGAAGAACAGGUGCGUGUUGGCGACGAUGAGCAGCCGGUGUGUGACCUUGUCUUGCAACAGCAGCAGCUGGAAGAUGGUCGUCAAGUGCGGCAGCACUUCAUCCUUUACACACGCACACGCACACGCACACGCACACACACAAACCAAACGCACCUGCAUGUGUGCGCCGCGUCCGUGUGGACGUAGGCAGGCUCUGUGUCGGCGGCUUACGAAGAAGUGUGGCCACUUCUGCCUGAGUACAUUGACGGCAUCCUGCAAAGCUGGCUCGGACAGCUGACGACCAAACACACACACACACAGAAUGAAAAGACACACGUGCAUCGAUCGUCUCAUAUGUGCCGUGGGGCGAUCCGAUCCCACCAGUGAGUCCCUGAAGGUGAUGUCGUGCUUCUCGAGCAGGUCGAAGCGGUCCCGCCGCAACAGACAGGCACUGCCCUCCUGCAGCUUGCCGGCCUUCAACUGCACACACACACAUACACACACACCAUGAUCAGAUGCACACACCUGGCUGUGUCGUGAUGGUUGUGUCUGUCUCACUGACUGUGAUGGUGGGAUGAUAUAUGUCGCCGAAGAGGGGCACCAACGUGUUCUGAUAGAAUGACAGCUGCCUGCGCAACACACACACAAAGAGAGAGGUGCCCUCCCUCCCUCCCUCCCUCCCUCUCGCCACCCCCUUCCCCUCCCAUUGCGUUGCGUGUUUACGUUUCCUGCAGGCACAUGAGGUCACAGUCGAGCUCGAGCAGCUCCCGGGCGAUCAUCGGCCGCCUGUAGCCAAUGUCCAGGUGCUCCUGCAGGCAGUAGGGAAACAUCUGGAACUGAGCCACAGGCGUCCUCGCGAGGAUGGGGGCCAGCACGUUGAACGAGCACACCCGGAGCGGCGGGGAGGCACGCUCUUGCUCCUGCUGCUGGUGGUGCUGGUAGCCGAACCAGGCCCCCCACCCGCCCCACAGGCUGUCUUGCGUCGCUGAUGUGUCCUUGGGCUGCUGUCUGGCGAAGGUUGCGAUGCGCCUCUCGCGCCAUCCUGCUGGGGGCGGCUGCUGGAUGGCCUCGACCACUGUGGAUGAGCCGAAGGCCGGGAGGGAGGGGUGGUAGGCUGCAUUGCAUUAUCAGCGACACAGACAGGCAUUAGGGUAGAAGGGAGCGGGGGAUGUGGUGGGGGUGCUGUGCUGUGUAUCGCUGGCUGACCUCUUAGCUCGAGGCGUGAUCCAAUGUCUUCGGGAGUCGGCACGUACAUCUAGCCGAGCCGACACACACGCAGCCAUACAGACAGCCAGCCAGCCAGACAGACAGGAGCCAAGGAUUGCCCACUGGUGGAUUCCUUCAUCGCCUGCUGGGUUGUGAGGAGGGCGUGCGUGUGCGUGUGGUGUACCUUACCGGUCCGUAGGCGAGCCAGUGGGGGGGCGAGGUGUGGUGGUGACCCUUCCGAUACCUACACACACACACACAGGCAGGAGAGUCCACAUGACAUACAUGUCUGUCUGUGACGGCCCCUCUUCCUUCCUCCCUGUCUGCAGGCCAUCAGCACUGACCACUCAAACACAAACGUGCUGGGAUCCUCAAACUCGGUCUCGACAAACGGGAUCACCGGACACCUACACGACAGGCAGGCAGGCAGUCGUGCCUCAUCCAUCCAUCCAUCCAUCCAUCUAUCUAUCCGCCAUCCAUCCAUAGCUCACUCACAAAACAUAUAUACCCGACGAUGACGGCCUGGUUGACCUCGAGUGUCUUGACGGCCGGGGGGUUGACAUGGAUGGCAUACAGCUGGCCAUUGAGCGUCAGUACUGACGCCUCGCUGAACGCCUGUGCGCACCCCGUACUCUCGGCCACCGCACUGCGGUCUUCACGCAACAGGCUGACCGCCACGUCCAUCUCGUCGCCAUUGGGCGGCUGGCCCUCCUCAUCCCCCCCGCCCCCGCCACCGUUGCCCUUGCUGUUGUUCUUGCGCUUGCUUUUGCUUUUGGGUUUGAGGGCCUUCUGGCAGUUGAUCUUGAUGCGCGACAACAUUCGCUCCAACGGCUCUGUGCACACACACACAGACACACACACACUCAGCGAGAGAGAGAGAGAGGAAUGGGACUGCCUGUUUUGUCGCGCGUGUGUCGUCAUGCCACUACCGUCUUUGGGUCUGUUGAGGUUGGUCAUCUUGCCUCCCCAGGUGUACGAGAACAGGAGGCUCGGCUCCUCAUCCACAAUGCGCACCACCGCAGGCAGCACCUCCCCGCCUCCCAUCCCAACACCUCCACUGUCCAUCACACAGCCAACGCCGCCAACCUCUCCUUCACUCAGCGGCCCUCGGGCACACAGCAGCGACGUGGAAGCAGCGGCAGCAGCAGCACUCCUGUGAAGUCGGCGGGCUGGAAUGAGCAGCGACAGGGCGGGAGGGGCACCGAUGAGCGCGAGCAGUGGCCGACAUCGCAUAGAACUCAGUGGCCCGACAAGUCAUGAGUCGGAUACCAAGCAAGAGGUGGCCUCCUUCGACAUCGAUCACCGUGCUGUUAGGGGCAUCUGCGGAUAAUGGACUUCGCAGGUGAAGGCAAGGGAUGAAGGAUCUUUGCAAGGCUGCCUGGAAAAAGUACGCAGGCUCUGCAG